AUGGCAGAAGAGGGUUUCCAGCUCAGAGCUUUCGACAGCAAAAACCGCACAGGGGACGACGAGCACCUGCCAGCUGAUUUCCCAACGUCAUCACUAGCAUCUCUCCAUCUCAGGGAGGAGGCUGUGUUCAUCAACGAGAGCACCGACCAUAUGGUGAAUAAUCCUGAGCCCCAUUCUUUAUUUCCUGAGAUGAUGUCAUCACUGCUUAACCAAUCACAACAGCAGACAGACAUAUCCCCUGCAACUAGGCCUGAGCCUUCACCAGUAGUUCAAGAGUUUUUGGAGCCUGAGAUGGGCCAAAACGACAGCGAGGCGCAGUCACACACCCUGAUGGCGUUCAUGCAGGAGCUUUCCUCCCCUGUUGAUCAUGAUGAUGCGUUUCCUGCCUUAAGAACCAACACUGCCAAGGAAGGAGAACCCAAGAACAACAUAACCAAAGCGAUGGCAGCAUGCGACUCCAGCACUGAUGGCAACCACCUGUCUGAUGCAGAGUGGUACUGGGGAAAUAUCUCGAGAGAGGAAGUAAACGAGAUGAUGAGAAACACCCCUGAUGGCACAUUCCUGGUCCGAAAUGCUUCUAGUAAGGUUAAGGGGGAAUACACUCUCACACUAAGAAAAGAUGGCUCCAACAGACUGAUAAAGAUCUUUCAUCAUGGGGGAAAGUACGGCUUUUCUGAGCCACUGGCCUUUCCCUCUAUGGUGGACUUGAUCCAGUAUUACCAGAACAAGUCUCUGGCCCAGUACAACGCUAAACUGGACACACGGCUACUCUACCCCAUAUCCAGGUACCAGCAGCAGCAGGUUGUCAUGGAAGUUGACAUUGAUGCAGUUGGAGAACAGCUGAGGAUAUUUCAGGAUCAAUACAAAGAGAAGAGCAAAGAGUAUGACCGCCUGUAUGAGAAGUUUAACCAAACCUCCCAGGAAUUGCAAAGCAAGCGGACAGCCAUAGAGGCUUUCAGUGAAAUCAUUCGGAUCUUUGAAGAGGAGUGUGAAACUCAAGAACGCUACAGCAAGGAAUACAUCGACAUGUUCCUCACAUUAGACAGCAGUACAGAGACUGACAAGAUUCAAAGCAAUUCAGAUGAGCUGCAGUCAGGGGUGGAGGAGAUCCACAGCAGCAAGAAGAAGUUGGAGGAGGAGCUGAAGAGGAAGGCGCUGGCUCACAUGGAGGUGGACAGGAAAAUGAAUAGCCUGAAGCCUGACCUUGUCCAGCUCAGGAAGAUCAGAGAUCAAUACCUGCUCUGGCUCACCCAGCAAGGCACGAGACAGACCCAGAUUAAUGACUGGCUGGGUAUCAAGAAUGAAGAAGAAGACCCGUACACCCUGGCAGACGAUACACACCAGGAGGAGAGGACCUGGUACGUUGGUGGUAUGAGACGAAAGGAGGCAGAGGAGCUGCUGAGGGGGAGGAGGGACGGGACCUUCCUAAUCAGAGACAGUCAGACUCAGAGAGGCUCUUUUGCCUGCUCUGUUGUUGUGGAUGGGGAUGUGAAGCACUGUGUGAUCUACAGGACGUCCACGGGGUAUGGCUUCGCUGAGCCCUACAACCUGUACUCAUCGCUGAGAGAGCUGGUCCUCCACUAUCGACACACGUCCCUGAUCCAGCACAACCAGCAGCUGAAUGUAACUCUGGCCUGGCCCGCUCUCAGCCAGCAGCCCAGCUGA